GCUAUAUUGACGCAGUUUUCAAAUCGCCGGAACAGCUGACGUCGUCGUCGUCUGCUGUCAAAACAUUUGGAACGUCGCCCGUAUUUCAGAAGACAUGAGGAACGGCCAGUUUGACUCCUCAUCUGAUGAUGACGUUUGCGAGGAAGAGAGCGCUCCUUUUGACAUUUCCUGGAUUCCUUUGUCUGUAGUGGGUUCCUCCCAGUUCGUGGGCAUAUGUUCCCUCCCAGGUUGCAGAUACAAAGAGAUCCGCAGGAGUCUGCACAAAGACGUCGAGGAACUGCACAACCAGGGCGUGGAGGACGUGUUUGUGCUCUGCACGCGAGGAGAGCUCACCAAGUACCGCGUGCCCUCGCUCCUGGAGGUCUACCAGCAGACGGGUCUGCGCGUCCACCACAUGCCCUUCCCCGACGGGGAGGCGCCCCAGCUGGAGCUCUGCGCCCGCAUCCUGGAUGAGCUGCAACGCAGCCUGGAGGCCAACCGCAGGACCGUCGUCCAUUGCUACGGAGGUCUGGGACGCUCCGCAUUAAUCACCGCCUGCCUGCUCAUCCAGCUCUCCGUAACCAUGACAGCCAAGGAAGCCAUCAACAUCUUGCGGGCGCACCGAGGACACGGAGCCAUACAGACCAUCAAACAAUACAAUUUCCUGCAUGAAUUCCGGGACCGAUACGCCGCCUACCAAGAGAGCAGAGAGAUUCCCAGAGAGCGCUGCGUUUCUCGAUGAGCCAUUUCUUCUCCUUUGUGAUGUCAGAGUGCACUUUAAAAAUAAAUAUGUAUUCCUUGCUUUUAAUGACAAAUCUUAAAGAUACGUAAAAGGGGAAAAUUCCUGUUUUUGUGCCAAAUAAUGCAACACAAUAACCAAUAGCUGAUAUGGUGUGUACGAUUGUUUUCUCUGCAUUUGCUGUUUUUUUUGUUUGUUUUUUUUUACCCCCUCUAUGAAAUUUUAAUGUGCAUGGUACAAUU